AUGAUCUCGUUCGCAUUAGAACGUGCUAUUCGACUCAACUGCUCGGAUUGCACCACAAAACAUUACCCAGAUAAUUCGUUCGAUGACAACCCAGCUUUGUUCAGGAUUCUCUUCAAGUGUCUUAAACCAGGUGGUAAAGUGCUCAUAAAGCUGACUACUGUAGGAGCCCAAAAGUACAUCAAACAGAGAGGAUAUGAUCUCCAUGAUGUUCAAGCCUAUGGGCGGUGCUUUCGCUUAAGAUAA